CCAAUUGGUAAAUAGUUGAACCUUCCCAAUGUUAUUGUAAUUGGUCUCUCUACUUAAAUGUCUCUUUUCCCCAAAUAACCCUUUUUCUUCUUCUCAUACAUUCUUUGCCUUACCCUUUUCCGGUUCUCUCUAAAACCGGAACAAGAAAAGAGCAAGAAUACAUAUUGAUCAUCACCACAAAAAUGGAAGAUAGUAAUGACCGUGAUUUCUUUUCACACAAAUUCCCAACAACCAGCCAGGUGGUGGAAGAGUUGAAGGAGCUAUGGAGCAUGGCUUUACCGAUAACAGCCAUGAACAUGUUGGUUUUUGUGAGAGCUGUUGUUUCUGUUCUUUUCCUCGGUAGACUCGGAAGUUUAGAGCUAGCUGGUGGUGCACUCUCCAUAGGUUUCACAAACAUAACAGGGUACUCUGUUCUUGUCGGUCUCGCAUCUGGUCUUGAACCUGUUUGUAGCCAAGCUUUCGGUAGCAAAAACUGGGAGCUUCUUUCGCUUUCACUACAACGAAUGGUGUUCAUGCUUUUAAUGGCGAUAAUACCGAUUAGUGCUCUUUGGGUUAACCUUGAAAGAAUCAUGCUGUUCAUGGGUCAAGACAGUGGGAUAACUGAAAUGGCGGCGAUAUACUGCUUUUAUUCUCUGCCGGAUCUUUUGACGAACACGUUGUUACAGCCUUUGAGGGUUUUUUUAAGGUCGCAGAAAGUGACAAAGCCGAUGAUGUAUUGUUCGUUGGUGGCGGUUGUUUUUCAUGUUCCGUUGAAUUAUUUGCUGGUGGUGGUGAUGGAACUUGGUGUGCCGGGUGUGGCGAUGGCGUCGGUGUUGACGAAUAUGAAUAUGGUGGUUUUGAUGGCGGGGUAUGUGGGGGUGUUUAGGAGGAAGGAGAUGAGGUUGAGGUGGAGUUGCGGUGGUGGUGUUGGCGGCGGCGGUGGUGGUGGUUUUGGGGAGUUGUUGAAAUUGGCUGUGCCUAGUUGUUUGAUGAUAUGUUUGGAAUGGUGGUGGUAUGAGAUUGUUACUGUUAUGGCUGGUUAUUUGGAGAAUCCAACGUUGGCGGUUGCUGCAACUGGGAUUUUGAUUCAGACAACAAGUAUGAUGUAUACUGUUCCUAUGGCUCUUGCUGGGUGUGUUUCUGCUAGGGUAGGGAAUGAGCUUGGAGCAGGUAAACCAUACAAAGCAAAGCUAGCAGCGAUGGUUGCAUUAGGAUGUGCAUUUGUGAUGGGCUUCAUCAAUGUAACAUGGACUGUGGUCCUUCGAUACGGAUGGGCCGCGCUUUUCACAAACGACGAACCCGUCAAAGCCUUGGUUGCAUCUGUCAUGCCAAUAAUGGGCCUAUGCGAGCUCGCGAACUGCCCACAAACAACCGGCUGCGGUGUACUCCGAGGCACAGCCCGACCCGUCGUAGGCGCCAACAUCAACUUAGGUUCAUUCUAUUUCGUGGGCACGCCGGUGGCCGUAGCGUUGGCAUUUUGGUUCAAGAUUGGUUUCAGUGGGCUUUGGUUCGGGCUAUUAUCAGCCCAAGUUGCAUGUGCUAUAUCAAUUCUAUAUGUAGUGAUUGUACGUACGGAUUGGGAAGCUGAGGCAAUGAAGGCAGAGAAACUAACAAAGAUAGAGAUGGUGACAUGUAAUGCAAGUAAGAAUAAAGACAUAACAAAAGAGGAAGAGUGCAAGGGUUUGUUGGAAAAUGUAAAUGAGAACAAAAUUGACAUUUGCUAAAAGGACAACACAACCUAGAAUAGAAUGAUAUCAAUUAUGAGAUUUGGAUCUUGUUUGUUGGUGAAAAAGAUCAUAUUCUGUCACCUAGUAAAUUGGAUAAAGAGGUUUAUGAGUGGUGCCUGCAUCUAUGUGAUGGGUUGGUAGCUUUUGAUGAGGAUAUGUUGUUUUCUUUUAUCUAUUAAAUUUUCUUUUCAUUUUU